UUCUAUUCAACAUGCGAAUCCUAAUCACAUGCAUUUUGUCCAUCCUUGGGCUGGACUACAGUGCCUCCAUGUGGGUUAAAAAGUACGUGGAGAACUACCACCGGCCCACUUACUACAAUCGAGCCCACCGUACCAAGGACCACGUGGAUUACAAUCGCGAAGCUCUCGAGGAACGGGACAAACCGAAGGAGGCGGAGGUCCACAAACGACUGCCCUUCGAUGCGACAAGGGACUUGUCAUACUACGUGAAUGUGCUGAACGAGGGAUCCGUCAUCUGUGCGGGUGCGCUGAUCUCCCGCAGAAUGGUGGUGACAUCGACGCACUGCUUCCCGCCGCGGAGAUACGAUGUCUUAUACGAGUACACGGCCGAACAUCUGUCCGUACUGACUGGCAAAGAGUUUGCCGACAAUCCGGAACCGCAUAAAGUACUCGGAUUUUUCAUGCCGUUUAAUAAGAAGGAACGCCGUACCAACCACGUGGCUCUGCUCGGCCUAGCGAACAAGCUCGACCGGGAUCAGUACCGAUACAUUCCCCUGCAUCGCAAGAAGCCACAGGAGGGGGAUGACGUGAAGAUGGCCUACUAUGGUCCACCCAAGUACCAGAUCCGACUGUACGACACUCGGGUUCUGGACUUCGAACGCUGCCAAAUCUAUUACAGUCUAAAGGAGGUAUUCACCAUUUCCACCAUUGAGCCGGACUUAAUCUGCGUUCGGAACAAGCGGCACUCGAAGAAGACUACCUGCAGCACCCGACCCGGUGAUCCCUUGCUGGUUGACAACAAACUGGCGGCCAUCAAUAUAUACGGCGAGCACUGCGACGAGGACGACGACUCCACCAACAUGGACAUAUACCUACCCAUUAGGACGGUCAUACCCUUCAUCCAGACGGCCACGGAUGCACUGAGGGCUUUCACCGGUUCGGGUCCAUUCAAUGAAUCGCAUGCCAACGCAUUGACACCCCUGCUUGAGUCCUUGAUAAAAAGGUCGCCCAAUGUUUAUGUUGGUGGCGCUCUACCGGAAAUACCAUUUGAUGAUCCUAUUAAUGGAGGACCAGAUCGUCAGGCCAAGAAUCCCAUUGACGACCAUGUUGCAUCGGUCCUCGAUUAUUAUUAGUUAUAUUCAGAAGCAAAAAAUGCUAUGGUUUAUUAAAGACACGUUCAAUUUUCA